AUGUGUCUGGGCGCAGGCGCCAAAGAAGAGUUUAACAUUGUGGCGUUGAUUACCGGAGAACCAGAUAACGGGAAGGGCAUACCCAUGGCAACCCUGCACGCCAACGGCAUGCCCACGGCAAGUUGUCCCAAUUUGUUCUGAUUUGGCAGCCUGAUUACUUGCUGUUCUUUAUCGAGGCAGAGUUGGUUUUGAUAACUGGUCGUGGGAUUUGCUAGCAACGGAGUCACCAUUAGUCGAUUCUAGUAAAAAUAUAAAUUGGAAACAGUUACCGGUGCUUAACUUUGUCCUGUACAACUGCGGAUCCUGGAUAUUACUGACCAAUUCAAUUGGCAUAUUCGCGCUGAGUUGAGGAACACAAAUGAUACAUUUUGUGGUUGUAUUCGAUGUGUAUUUAAAGUAUGAAUUUCAGCACCCUGUGGAAGGACCAGUUGUACAGGACAUGGCCUUUUCAGAAUUGCCAUUUUUACAAGUCGAGUGGUGACUCAUUGCUGCUAUUUAAAUUCCGCGACCAGUUAUCCAAACUAAACUCUGCCUCAACACAAAACAAGAGAACUGAGUUGUGUUCCUAAGUGAAUUGCUGUGCAGGUAAUUUUUCAACUGUAGGCCUACCUCUUGGCCAACCAGGCUGAUUUGAAGUAGUCUUCCCAGUGACCUAGACCUACCUGCCUAUUGAAGGUUAACCUAAAUUGGCUAAUGUGGAGGAAUGGGCCUGAGGGAGUAAUCACCAGUGGUUAUAGGCCUAUCCUAUCUGGGUGCCCAGGUCUGUCAGUUUGAAUAGCAGCACUGAUUGUAUGUAUUGAUUGUGUGUAUUGAUCUCUCCAGGUCAAUCUGUCUGGGAUAGACCUCCACCCUCCUGUAACCUUCCGGCUGAAGAGUGGCGCCGGACCUGUCUACAUCUGUGGGGAACACGUGGCCUGUAAGUAGGGGUUUAUGGAGCAGGGAUGCUCCCAAAAUGAUGCUGGUUAAAUGUAAAAAACAAGUGGCUCUAGCCUUACUGUAACGUCAUUCAGCUAAUCAAAGCCCUGAGGAGCAGCUGAGCAUUAGAAUCGGAUGUGUUGGAACAAUAUUGCGUAAUGUAUUAGGUUGGACAUCCAUAAACUACAGGCCGUUAUAAUGUGACGCUGUCGUUUUAACUCUUGUUGCUUCCCAGUGGAGGAUGACUUCUCAGGAAUGGAGAGUGGUGAUGAGAUGGAUGAUGAGGUGGAAGAGGAAGAAGAGGAGGAGGAAGAUAUUGAGUCUCCUGUGAAGCCUGCUAAGAAAACACCUGCCAAGAAUGCAAAUGCUGCAGGAAAAGUAAGGACCUGUUUUUAAAUUAUUUUUGAAUGAUUUAUAUUUGUUUUCAAAUGUUCAACAUGCAUAUGAACACUUAGAACUAUGAAAUCCACACAUCCAUCCACACACUGAUCCUUGUUUGGUCUAGUCUGCAUUAUCCUCAAAUGUUGAUGUUAUUUUAACUCUUGUCAAUUGUCAAAUCCAAACUUUGCUUAACAAUGAGAUGGUAUUGGUAAGACCACAAAUUGAUCUAGGAUCAGGCUAAUGUUCUUCCCCUCUUCCAGAGAAAGAAGCCAGAGGAAGCAGAUGAGUAA